UCUACGGGGUCCGGACAAGACUCCCCUAGGACAAAACCCCCUUGAGAAAGCUAACCAGCAGCCAGCUUUUUGCUUCGGUUGAUUUCAUGGCCAUCAACUACUAGGAUCUUUACCGUAGUCUUGUUUGGGUGCGGUAGAGGGAGUGUUACACCGUAAACAAACACAGCAGUUGACAGGCUCGCCACUAGUCAGUCGCGAGGAAACAACUGUUCAGGAAAUACUUAACGCUCUACCAUGAGUGCCAAUCGUUAUGAACAUGGGAAAAGAUUUGAUAAGCUCUUUCCUACAACAUGUAGUUUCAUCGUCUUUUUGGCCUAUAUGGCACUAUUCAUUAAUCAAGGCAUCGUAGUCACGGCCUCUCAGCGAGCGGACAACAGUUAUAGCUACAACACAGUGACGGUGGUGCUGCUAACCGAAGCCACAAAGCUGGUCGCCUCUCUAUUAAUAUAUCUUAAAGAUAAUAAACUAUCCACACUCUUCACUGACAUAAGGACUAACAUCAGAGUGCUGGGGCUAUACAUGGUGCCAGCCCUCCUCUACUGCCUCUACAACAACUUGGCCUUUGUCAACCUCGCCGUUUUUGACCCCACCACAUACUUCUUGUUACUUCAGCUCAGAGUCGUUGUAACUGGUGUUAUAUUCCAGGUUAUUUUCAAAAAGCAACUGAGCAAACGUCAGUGGGUGUCCCUCAUCAUACUGACAAUAGGAUGUAUAGUGAAGCAGUUAAGUACAUCUAAGAAAACAGAUUUAUCACCUACAGAGAGUGAUGUACCUUUCUCAGUGAUGCUCUCCAACCUUGUCUCACUCCACACCGGUCUUCUCUUAGUACAGGUGUUUUGCUCCUGCCUGGCUGGUGUCUAUAAUGAGAAGUUACUGAAAGAUACUGGUGCUGAGGUUCACAUUAUGGUGCAGAAUGUCUUCAUGAACAUUAACUCCAUAAUAUGUAAUGCAGUUGUCCUCUUGUAUAGAGGAGAAUUGAUUUCUGCCUUUUCAACAACAUCACUUUCACAGGUGUGGCAGCCAGUUGUGGUGGUGAUUAUCCUCAAUAACGCAGCUGUGGGCAUUGUAACGUGCUUCUUCCUCAGAAACUUAAAUUCCAUUCUGAAAACAUUUGCAUCUGCACUUGAACUAAUGUUUACGGCAGUUCUUUCAUGGGUCAUAUUUGGCAUCGCAGUUAACUGGUGGACUGCCGUAGCCAUAGCUCUCGUCAUAUUUGCAACAUACAUGUACGCCCAGAACCCAGUGGUCAACAGAGGACGGCUAGACGAGUUAGAGAAGGACACAUCAUCAGAGCCGGAGGGGUUAACUCUAAUAAAAAAUGUACCUCCCACAAAUGUGUAAAAUUAUAUCUCGUUUUGUGAGAGCAGCAGCAGCUUUAAAAGUAUUGUGGACUACCGUAUGCAGUACUUGGUUAUUUGAAUGCAGUUGUAAUUUUUAAAAUUUAAUUAUCAGCUUUAAUAGUUGUUUUAACAUAUGAUUGGCUUAGUGACUAGAAAUUAAAUCAAUAGGAAUAUACAGGUGCUCCUGUACUAGUUACUUUCCUGAGGCUCGCUCUCCAUUACAACUUUACUCAUAGAUAUACAUAUUGCAAAAAAUGGAAAUACAGGUAUAGAGGAAGUACAGCACAGCUAUACCGGUACCCUACAGUACAGGCAUUUUCUUCAAUAUAAUCUAGUCUCACCCACACUGGCAGGUAAAUUCCCUCAACGAUUAUGUCUAUAUCUCUGAAAGUUCUUAGUAGAGGAGCAUAUUGUAUAACAAAAUCCUGAGCCAAAAAUUGGUUGUAUUAACUCUGUAAUCACCAAUACAACAAUUACUAUUAAUAUCUGUACGGUGGCUAACAUGUUUUGAGAGAUGUGGCAUCACUGCCCACCAGUGAACAGAUACGAGCCAUGACAUUCUACUUGAUAAUCUAUAUUUAAACAGUAACCAUGCAGGAAAUGCAUGCAUUCACAGAUAGAAGAGGAGCUACUUAUUUAGCGUCCUUGGUGUGGUUACUAUAGCGAGGCUAGUAUUGCCCAUUCUGCUAGUUUUACUACAUGUAAACAUACAGUGGUGCCACAUCUCACAAAACAUGUCAGCCACUGUACCCAUUGCAAAUGGUGACAACUGUACAGUAAGGUAUACACUAUUUGUAGUUUCCUUAUAGAAACUUAAUAUUGUACUGUAAUAAUUUCAAUUGUACUGAUUCAUGUUUCAAAGAAAUAUGAGCAUAAAUAUGUUAUACAUGCUUAAAGAUAUAGAAAUUAAGCAUCAUAACAAGACAAAGUCUUAUGUAUAACAUACAUACUGUAAAGUACUUGCUAUAAGCUGUAUCCUCAGGAGUAUAACAUGCAUUAUGUUUGUCUCUGGUGAGGAUUAAACUUCCUAGUCAUUUGCAUCUUGUUACUAGCUGCAUCUGCCAGCUCCAAAAUGACCCACUUAUGACCAUGUUUUGGUCAGUCUUGACCCUCCCAAUUAACAGGAGUUUUUAGUCUCCUGUGAGGUUUCAGAACAUUUUUAGAGGAUUAUUGUUUCAAAGCGGUAGUUUGGAAUAUUUCUGACUGUAGUAGAAGGAAAACAGAUUAAGGUAACAUUUGUGGUUAAUAGUUAUUGUGUAAAUUGAAAAUAUUUUGACAUGAGCAAGAAUAUUAACCUGUAUAGUACUACAGUAGUUUAUGUGCCAUAGCAAUAAAUGAGACAAUAGACCAUAUUGAUGGUUAGGGUAUUAACUUGGUCCUCUAUAAAUUAUUUGUGAAGAAAAUUUGUUAACACCAUAACCUAUGUGAUCUCUAGUGAUUGGGAACUUUAGGAAAUUCAAAAUUUUCUUUAGUUUUAAUACUUUAUGUACAGUAUUUCUCACUUGUAGCCCUAGCAUACGUUAUAUACAUCCUUUAUUAAUGGUAUGUAUCCAUUGAUUUUUACACAGUGAAGUGAUAUGUGAUUUUGAUUAUGGUUUCUGUUGUUCGUGUUAGAUAAUUAGACGAUAUAUGAAUUUUAUGAAUGCACAAGAAACAUUCUACAAUAACUUUUGGGGGCAUUCUAUUUAUAGAAGCUCUUAUUUAAUUUUUUAUCUUUAUUUCUACAUUUUUGUCUAAUUUUAGACCAUAGUUUAUUCCGAGUGAUUGUUAAUUUGAAGAAUAUUGUAUUUUUUUGUUUACAUAAUACUGCAGAAUCAUACUGUAUAAUGUUGAGUAAUGUCACCAGACCAAGAUCUGAAUAUAAGGUGACAUAUGUAAAUCUUUGGCCAGUGACCUGAUGAUGCUUAUUGUGAGGUGAACUGUUUAUCUCAUCAUUAUUACACUUUUAUGCAGUAUUUAUAUGAUUUAAUUCAUCCAUUGUUGCAUGAUGCUGUGGAGUACAAAAUGUUUUAAAAUAUUUAGUUUUAUGAAGGUUUGUGAUUAAUGCCAUUAAUUUAUUUGGAUUGAAAUUGAUGGUACAAGUACAUUUAACUUAUUAACAGGGAUUACAGUUCCUAUAGCAUUUGAUUAUAAUUAUUAUUCUCAAGAUACUUUUUUUAUGUCCGCAUAUGAAAUGCAAUAACUCUCCAACAAAAUCAGACUCUAGUAUUAAAUUUUCACAUCAGUGAGUCCUCAGUGUUUAGGGGUAGGUAAUUAAGGUCUGAGGAGUCAUUGGUAAGCAUGUUAAAAUUAAAGUACUACUGCUUUCAUUAAAUUUUUUCGGCUUCAUUGGUUUAACCAUAUUACCAUUUGUCCAUAAUAGACAUUUAUCCAUUACAUUCAUACUGUACUAUACUGUAUACCCAUUUAAACCGAGUUAUAAACUAAACUAGUGAUGAUGCGACAUUUUCAUAAUCAAAUGGACAAGAGUGUUAAGUUGCUGUAAUAGAACAGACAAAAUGUAAACGAAACUGAAAGCUUUUAGAGUUCUUGUGGGAAGUAGCAAAAAUAUCAAUGUAUAUAUUAAAAGGCAUAUAUAAUGUAUAUUCAUGAUUUUGCUACUCUUAAUUACACUGUACACAGUAGACCCUUGAUAUUCGCAGCUUCAGGAUUCACAAAUUUCCUGUUUGCAAUUUAUUAAAUGUAUACCAGUGCCAACUUCCCAUUUGUGACCCAUGACCUCUAAUUUUCACAUAUGUUCAAGGAAGCUGAAAUCCAUGCAUUUUGGGGGACACAUGUCUUAAAUCAUGAAAAACAUUUUAAUCCAUGAAAUAUCAUUUAUUGUUUCAGUCCCGGACAUUGAGGAUAAAACCACAUUCACUUCCCAUGUACUGUACUAUCAAAUUUACUUCCCAUGUACUAUCAAAUUUAUUCUUAAAAUCCAAGAUUGAAUAAUUGUUAUAUAGUAUUACUGUGUACAUUCUUCUAUAGUAUUACAUUGAGGUAAAUUUUACUAUAAAUUUUACCUGUGCAGUAUUUUCACCAUCAUCAUUAUUAUUUAAUGGUCAUUUUCCCACACUUGCAUGGGUCAGCCAUGAUUACCUAAAGGGAACUUUGCCAUCAGGCAUGUUGAAGCAAAGUUUUACACCUGGAUGCCCUUCCUAAUGCCAACAUACAGGGUGGGAACAGCUAGUAAAGCAAGGUUGAAACUCCAAGGUAACCAAAGACUACUAUUUAACUAAUAAAUCCAUAAAUAUCAACAAACUUCUACUUCUAAUGCUCUAGUUUACUACAGUUUGGCACUGCCAGCCUGUAUGGAGUCUUAGUAAAUAAUGUAUAAAAUAUAUGAGAAUUAAUGAUUAAUGGUGAUUAUAACGAGAAAAGAAAAAGAAAAAUUGUAUGAUAAUCAGUGUGAACUGGGCUGCAUGGGGUUAUGCCUAUGUUAUAUGCAUCGAGUUGUGAUGGUGUUUUUUUUUUUUCCCUUGUCAAAUUUACAUUUCUUGCAUUGAUAAAGAGUUUUUCUGGGGAGUAAUGUACAGACAAUCCUAAAAGCAUUGAAACCCCAAGCAUCUGAAAGAGUGAAACAUUGGGUGAAAACUAACCCAACUGAUACAUGAAUGCCGAGUGUGUCAGGCUACUCUAAGUAAGAAAAAAACAUGGGCAGCUGUAGAAAAUAAUUCUGUUUUGUGUAAUAUAAUGGAUGGCUACUCACAUUUUUAAAACUUUGGUGCUCAAUAUCUCAAAACCUAAAUUUGCACACUUGUUACCAUAUAGAACACCUCAUGUCAUUAUCAAAGAUGAUCAUGUGGAUGUAAAUACUGUACUGUAUAUCAGAAGCUGAAAUUAAAAAAGGCAAAUCAAUGUAAAUUGUGGUGGUACAGGUUGGAAACUCUGCAUCCAGAGGUGAAAUUUUCUUACAUGUUGACGUAAAAUGAUGAUUUGGAAGUGAAAGGAAUGUUGUAUAGUCAAAACCAAGCUGCUUACAUGGCAUGAACAUGUUGAGAGAUUAGCAGAAGUAUGUAUGAUUCACAAGUGGAUGGUAGGAGAGGUAUGGGAAAGACUAAGACUCAGCCAGAAAGACGAGGUGGGGAAGGUGCGAGAUAGAAAGAUAAAGGAGAAUGGGCAUCCAAGAGGCAGCAGAUCAGAAAGCAUGUGAUAAGUUUUUUUUUUAAGAAAUUUUGGUGAAGGUUUUUCUUUACCUAGGAACACAUCUUGGCAUAUACCAAUAUAACUGGAGUCUGCUGGGAAAUGUUGCAUUGACUUAUGGAAAAUCAGUUUACGAGAAGUUGAUCUGGAACGAAACACUCUUGUACAUUGGGGUCUGCCUGUACCCCAUUAUUUUGUAUCUGUACAUAACCUGUCAAGUUUGUAACAUGGUUUCUGGGAAGUAGAUUAAUUUUAUGGCCUUAAUUACCGUGUUUACAUAGUCGUGUGUCUUGUAUGGCCUUUCCUACGUUAAUAGCACCAGAUGCAUUAUGUUUUUACACAUACCUGAUACAGUAUUAACCAGUGGUCCUCACAGCUCCAUGACAGAAUCUUAUUAGUAGAAUUUAUUUUAAUCACCCAAGUCAAGUAGUUGGCACAAGCACAGUAUCAUAAUGUCUUAUCAAAAUGCUCUAGUGUGUGGAGAACUGCAUUUCUAUUUGUUGUUUGCAUUGUAUGCUUUGAGCUUGCACCUCUCUCCCUCACCAUUUACCACUGAGGAUUCACUCUCUUAAUCCAGCCUACACAAGAACUGAAGAUAUUAGAUUUUAAUGGUACAGUAGCCAAAAUGCAGUGAUUAUUAUUAUUCUAAGUUAAAUAUUGAAUGAUGAAGAGUCCUGGACCUCAACCUGUGCCAAGUUUAAUUACUGUGUAUACUAUUAGUUUUAGUUAUAUAUUUUUUUUUCCAUGUACAGGGGUAUUUUACCAGACACUUGUUCUGUAUUUGAUAAAAAAUUAAAUCUAA